AUGCUCAAACUACUGUACUUUCGAGUCCCUACAUUACAAAAGGAGAAAAAUUCUCAUGGAACAUCACAAUUCAAAUACGAGUACGUGUCGGUUUGUGUGAAUGGUACCGAGGAUAAUUUGCUGGACAUUGUAUACGCCAAACAAUGUAACGAAAAGGAGUCUCAAGUCGCUCUUGGAAGAUUCACGAAUCAGGUCAAUACAACCGGAUGGGGGAUCCUAGAAAUCGAAACGUUCCCUGGUCACGCGUACGAUGUACAAGCCUACGCUGCCGGAGUCGCUGAAGGUAAUCGCUCCUUUUUCGAGUUUCUUGCACGCCUUCUCGUGCUCAAAUUCAAGGCUGUGAACCUAACCUUUGCACAAAUGACUGGUAUCUAUGAUGCGUACAUGCAUAGAAAUCUCACACCAGAAAUCGGAUUCGAUUUGUCGCCCAUUAUGAUGAUUCAACUUUCUGGAGAUCUCUUCGACUUGAAUAAGUACCUCAAUAAAACCCCUGAUCCACAAGAGUAUCCGGACGCUGGGCAUUGUUCAGGUUUUGUCAAACUAGCAGACGGAAAUAAGGACAUGUUCUUCGCCCAUGUAGCGAUGUCGAGCCUUAGCUGGAUGAUCAGAGUCUUGAAGCUGUACAAGUUCGCUUUUGAUGCUAAAGAAGUGCCAGGUCACACCGUUUCGUUCUCCGGUUAUCCAGCACAGCUCGCUUCCGCAGACGACUACACCCUAACGAGUGCUGGACUGGCUUCCAUUGAAACUACGAUUGCCAUUUUCAACAAAACUCUCUAUUCGGACAAGUAUAUAAAGCCGGAAGGAUCAGUGCACUGCUGGCUCAGAUCAGUAAUUGCGAAUUAUUUAACAAAAACUCCCAAAGAAUGGGUCAAGUUGUUCUCACGCUACAAUUCUGGUACGUACAACAAUCAGUGGACAGUGGUCGACUACAAGAAAUUCAAACCGGGCCAGGAGAUCCCAGACAAGGACUUGCUUUGGAUUUUGGAACAAACUCCGGCAUCCAUCAAAUCGCAAGAUGUUACGUGGUUCCUCAAAAGGUACAGCUAUUGGCCAUCGUAUAAUGUGCCCUUCAUAAAAGAUAUCAGCAUAGAGGCGGGAUUCAGCGAAAAGGCUAGGGAACUCAACUGGUACAAAUGGGGAUCUACUCCACGUGCAAAAAUUUUCGAGAGGGAUCAUCAUAAAGUGCAGGACAUAGAUUCUUUGACGAAACUGAUGAGGUACAACGACUACACCCAUGAGGAAUUCGCCCGCUGCAAAUGUUCACCUUUACCUUACACGGCGGAAGGAGGGAUAUCGGCUCGUGGUGAUUUGAACCUACCCAAUGGAACGUAUGAAGUGGAUAGCAUGGGAUUCCGUGAUCAUGCUGGCCUUGAUUAUAAGGGAACUAACUACGAGAUGUUCUCGAAGUUGCGAUUCCGAGCAUGGGGUGGCCCAACUUAUGAUCCACUCCCAGUUUUUGACUGGUCGACAACCAACGUCGUUGCAAAUCACUUCGGACAACCACAAGUAUGGAAUUUCACCUACGUCGAUUUGGAGUGGGAAACAAGCCCCCAAAUUCUUGGUUUUGACGUUCCUGAUGACCAAUUGUGA